GAGAAAAAAAGUCAGUCUAUCAAGCUCAGAGCUCAAAUGAGAGAGAAAAAAAAAAAAUCAAAGGUCAUAAUUAAAAAAAGAAAUCAAAAUGUGAAGGUCAGUUGAGAGUCAAUAUACUAGCAGGUGUGUUUAGAGAGCUAAAUCUAUGAACAUCCUGGUAAUAAUUCGUCCUAUAUGAAAGGUCUGGGAGAAGUCAGGAUGAAAUCACUGCUGAGGUGGGAACUUGCGGAGUUGCCAGCUCUAGUAUUUUUAUAGCCCGGCUCCCAGCCUCUGGUGUCUGACUUGAGAGACCGGGCUCUGGGGAACGCGCUCUCCUCAUGCGAGGAUCCUGAAAUGAAAGGUUUUCUUUUAAAAAAAAAAAAAAAGCGUAGGGAACAGCUAGAGCAGGGUCCGUGUCGGGGUUCAUUCGCCUUCCCACCUGGCUACCUGCUUUUUGAAGGAAAAAAAAAAGUCUCAUGAUGUGUCAAGAUCAACUCAUGACUGCGUGUGGCCAGAGUUGUUCAGAUCGACUGAGCGCAGCUCCGCGUUGUGGGUCACUCUAGCUCCCGCCCUGCACGCGCGCACAGGCGCGCACACACCCCGCUCCAGCAGCGCGACGCCGGGCGGGACCCCACCGCUCCCCAGCGCCCUCCACCUGCUGGGAGGGAGCCGGAGUGUGGGCAGAGGGCAAGGUAUAAGGAAAUGCUAGAUCUAGUGAUAUCACCCAGCCUGACUGUAAAUAGAGAGUGCCCCGACAGACUGAAGCUUAACCUUUCUAACAUUUAUGCCACGGCUCCAGAUGACAUAGAAGGCAACAGUGAAGCAAUACCACAGUGUCCUCUCCAUCUGUACUCCACAAAACAUUAUCCCCAUAUAGUGACAGUCUCAACUUUCCCAGCAAUGGCGGCAUAUGGACAGACCCAGUAUAGUGCAGGAAUCCAGCAAGCUGCUGCUUAUACUGCAUAUCCUCCUCCAGGACAACCGUAUGGAAUACCCUCCUACAGCAUUAAAACAGAAGAUAGUCUGAGCCAUUCUCCAGGACAGAGUGGGUUCCUUAGCUACGGAUCCAGCUUCAGCACAGCAACACCGGGACAAGCACCGUACACCUACCAGAUGCAUGGCACAUCAGGGAUUUACCAAGGAGCCAAUGGCCUUGCUAAUUCUGCAGGAUUCAGCACUGUGCAUCAGGUACAGAGCCUGCGAUACAGAAUGGUUACUCACUGUCUCUCUCUCCCCCUGAAGGAAUACUCAUCCUAUCCGAGCUUUCCUCAAAGCCAGUACUCGCAGUACUACAGCUCUUCUUACAACUCUCCAUAUGUAUCGGCAAAUAGUAUCAGUCCAACAGCUAUCCCAACAUCCACUUACUCUCUGCAAGAAUCUUCACACAACAUCACCAGUCAGAGCACAGAACCACUGUCUGGGGAAUAUGCAGCAACACCAGUAAAAGAUAUAGAAGCCGACAGGCAGCACCGAGCAUCUGACGGAAAGGUACGAGGCCGAUCAAAAAGAAGCAAUGAUCCUUCCCCCACUGCUGACAGUGAGAUUGAGCGUGUGUUUGUGUGGGAUUUGGACGAGACGAUAAUUAUUUUUCACUCCUUGCUCACGGGAACCUUCGCAUCCAGAUAUGGGAAGGACACCACCACCUCUGUGCGGAUAGGUCUUAUGAUGGAAGAAAUGAUCUUCAACCUUGCAGAUACGCAUUUGUUCUUUAAUGACCUGGAGGACUGUGACCAGAUACACAUAGAUGAUGUAUCAUCAGAUGACAAUGGUCAAGACUUAAGCACAUAUAACUUCUCAGCAGAUGGCUUUCACAGUUCAACUGCUGGUGCAAAUUUAUGUCUGGGCUCUGGUGUUCAUGGGGGAGUCGACUGGAUGAGGAAAUUAGCAUUUCGCUACCGAAGGGUGAAAGAGAUGUACAACACCUACAAAAACAAUGUUGGAGGUUUAAUAGGCACUCCUAAGAGGGAAACCUGGCUGCAGUUAAGAGCAGAGCUGGAAGCGCUGACUGAUCUUUGGCUCACACACGCUCUGAAGGCUCUGAAUUUGAUACAUUCCCGGCCUAAUUGUGUAAAUGUGUUGGUCACCACAACCCAGCUCAUACCAGCUCUUGCUAAAGUACUCCUGUAUGGACUAGGCACAGUCUUCCCUAUUGAAAACAUUUAUAGUGCAACAAAGACAGGGAAAGAGAGCUGUUUUGAAAGGAUAAUGCAGAGGUUUGGAAGGAAAGCUGUGUACAUUGUAAUAGGAGAUGGUGUUGAAGAGGAACAGGGAGCAAAAAAGCACAACAUGCCAUUCUGGAGAAUUUCUUGCCAUGCUGACCUAGAGGCUCUUAGGCAUGCCCUGGAAUUGGAGUACUUGUAGCAGACUCAAAUGUCUCGGUGCUGGGCUCACAUCACUCAAACUGUUACAUCACCUCAGCCUAUUCUUCAGCAUUUUUCUAAAACAGAUCUCACAGCGACUUGAAGGGGAACCCUCUGUAUAGAACCCUUUAAGAAUCUACAACAGGAAAUCUGCCCAUCAAGUCCUUCUUCCUUUGGAAAGAGGAGAAAAUUUCACAUAACCAAGUGGGGAUCCUGCGAUUAUCUGGUUAAACUGGAUGCUUAGAGCUGAAACUGGACUCUGCCUGCUUUCUCACCACGUGAAUGACUCUGAAGCACACAAAAGACUAAGAGUACUGGGUCUACUUAUCAGUUUUCUUGCUUUGAAAAGGGGAAAGGACACAGCAUGGAAUCUCUGGGCAUGCUCACUGCACAGUGCAUCACAUCAUGUGGGACUUUCUGAAAAUAAGAGUGAAAGUUGAUUUUUUGUAUUUUUUUUUAAUUUAUGAACUUAUCUCAUUACUCUGGUAUUAAGCUCUGUACCUGUGUUUUUAUCUUUUUUUUUUUUUAUUUGGGGAUGGGGGCAGUCCUACCAUUCUAAUUUAAUAGUUCUUUUCUCCACGAUAAACUCUGGGGACAAUCAUAUUGUGUACAUUAGUAAUGAGGACACUUGGGGCUGUUGGUAAAAACUAUAGCUAUGUGUUUUUUUUAAACCUUCUAUAGAUGGUAUGUGGACUGUGCAUGUGUCUACACGGUGCCUUAUGCUGCCAUCUUGUUUUUUGGCGGGUGGGGACAGGGAAAAUACCUUGUGAUGAAUGAAAGGCAUUAAAUAAAACUACGUUUACAUUUGGGAGGACUAGAAUACCUGCCUUUUUUUCUCUCCAGACACUGUUGGACCCCACGGCAUGUCUAGAACUCUUGCCUCCUGUCUGAGCUACAGCUGGCCCAGGAGAACUCGGAGUAGAGAUGCCCAAAUGCAAAGAAGAAAUUGUGGUCACCAAUUGCUGUGGUGGCAGGGAGAAGAAAACAGCCAGCCAGAUGAAUGCAGCCAUUGCCAGAGAACUUGGCUAAUAAGCAAACGCUAAUUUGGUUGUUAAGUGAAUAUAAGCAAGUAGUGCAGUUCUGCACAUUUAUUUUUGUUUGAGUACGUGAAUACACUUGUAAGUUAGAUUCAGCCUGUGGUUCCUGGUGAGCUCCCUAGGCGACUGUCAGCAUCAUAACAUUUGGGCUCCCUGCAUUACUAUCUGUGUGGAUUGCACUACUGCUUAGUCAUCCCAGUCAAGAAUCAGGGACUUAUAGUGCGAGGCAAUGUAGAACUUACA